AAAAUCAUCACCUCCAUAUUCAUCCCCUUCCGCAUUAUGGCUAGUAGAUUCAUCUAAUAAUAAUCGCGACAACCUUUUAUGCGCAGGCUGGGCACAGCUCGCUAUAUUUGAGGGGUUGAAUUGAAAUUAGAAUCUAGCAGAAGCAGGGUCAAGGAUUGUGGUAACCGGAGAUGAGCGGAUACGGGGAUUCCAACCAGAAGAUAGAUUACGUCUUCAAGGUGGUGCUGAUUGGCGACUCGGCGGUCGGAAAGUCGCAGAUACUGGCUCGGUUUGCCCGGAACGAGUUCAGCUUGGACUCAAAGGCCACAAUCGGAGUCGAGUUCCAGACACGGACUCUCGUCAUCGAGCACAAGAGUGUCAAGGCUCAGAUCUGGGAUACCGCCGGCCAAGAACGAUAUAGAGCUGUUACAAGUGCUUAUUAUAGGGGUGCUGUUGGAGCAAUGUUGGUUUAUGAUAUAACUAAGCCGCAGACCUUUGAGCACAUUCCUCGUUGGUUAGAAGAGCUUCGCGGCCAUGCUGACAAGAACAUUGUUAUAAUUCUGAUUGGUAACAAAUGUGAUCUUGAAAACCAGCGAGCGGUCCCAACAGAGGAUGCCAAAGAAUUUGCUGAGAAGGAAGGAUUGUUUUUCUUGGAGACCUCCGCUCUGGAAGCAACUAAUGUCGAGACUGCUUUCUUGACUGUGUUAACAGAGAUCUUCAAUAUUGUGAACAAGAAGAAUCUAGUUGCUGGUGAGAAUCAAAGCAAUGGCAACCCUGGAUCCUUGGCAGGCAAGAAGAUCGUCGUUCCGGGCCCUGCGCAAGAAAUUCCCGCUAAGAGGACGUGUUGUACAUCAUUUUGAUCCAUCUGGGUUUGUCUUCAAUUGUCAGUUCUCUGUUCCACAUUCUUUAUAGCAAUUUUUUUAGAGGUGUGGCAUAUCUGUUUGUAUAUUUUCAUUGCACUAGACUAAUUUGCAUGUGCAGAUAAUCAAUUACAUGUUUUGAGGUGGGUGAAUAGAAGAACAGAUUGUGUUUGUUAAUCAAAUAUCGGGUAUUGUCUCUAAUUCU